CGCCCACCAAGAUGGCGGCGCCCAUGCCCGAAGGAAAGAGGGUCUGAGGCAGCCGCGGGGGAGAUCGCGGGCGCGAGGCUGAUCCGACGGUUCCGCUUUCUUUCCCCUCCUCAGGAAGAGAGGCGGGAGCGACCACAGCUGCGAGGCGAGAAGCGGAGGAAGCCCCCUCCCCCCCUUGGGGGAAAGAGGGGGGGCGAGGUGACCCCCCCUUAGACUGUUCGUCGUUCUAAGCUCUCUGCCUGGAGUCCAGCCAUGGAUCUUGUGUUCCUGAUUAUCAAUGGCGUGGGGAUGAUUCUGGACCUGCUGGUCAUCUUGCUGGAUGUCAACUUCUUCCUGGUUUCCACGUUGGUUUCCGUCCUGCUCUGGCUCAUCGCUUUUGUUUCCAACUUGCCCAAUGCCUUGGUGGGCUGCCUGAUCCACUGCUGGAAUGGGAUCGUGUUGUUCUUGCUGUGUGUCGCUGAGGCAUUGUAUUACCUGACUCUGGGCUCUGUACAGGGCAUCUUCAACUUGCUACGUGGUGUGUGCUCCAGCAUGGAAAGCUUGAAAGUAGUGGGGCACCUGUUUACCCAUGUGAUGCUAAGAAGCAAAGAAAUGAUGCACCGAGGUCUCUGGAACCUGGUGGGAUCUGGUCAGUCAAUUCUGAGGCAGGUGUGCGAAGUAUGUGCCAUUGCCAUGAGCCUUGUGGCUUACUUUAUCAACAGCCUCAUCAACAUCUGUCUCAUUGGGACCCAGAACCUUUUCUCUCUGGUGCUGAUCCUGUGGGAAACGAUUGUCAGCCCUUUUCUGAGUGUCACAGACAUCUUUGCUGCCUUUCUUGCACGUUUGUCCAGCAGUGCCAUAGCUAUGUCCAUCCUCCUGUGGUCUCCUUGCCAGCUGGCGUUUGAUCUCCUCACCUCCAUGAGCAAGCUGUUGAUUAACGUCUUCUUCCUCAACCUUUACGGCUUGGUGUUGCUGUCGGGGCUGGUUGCUGCCUGCAUCUUGACCCUCAACCCUCAGCUGACAUGGACGCUGGUGGACCAGACGACUGGCUUCUUGAACGCCAUGCCUUCCUACCACCGGGUGCGCAGGGACUUGUGCCGCCUCUACCAAGUUGUACUGUUAUCACUGGACAUGAUCUUGAGCUCACAGGCAUGGCGCAGGUUGGCAGACUGGGGUCUCCAAAUGGCCAACUGGAACAGAGGGGGCAGGGGAGCACACCACCGUGGGGACCAGCAGCAAGAAUGGCUACCAUUCUUGGCCUAUAUUCUAAGACUACCUUCUCUUGGGGUCCCUUAUCCAAGACGACAAUGGUUAUCUGCAGCCACUCAGCAGGCUGCGAUUCCUGCCCGCCAAGCACAGCAGGUAGCAGCCCAAGGCGGCGGAAACCAGCACGGAAGAGACAUUGAUCCAGGAUCAGGUGCACAGCGGAGUGUGCCAGGUGGGCAGCAGGCCCAACCUCAGAGCCGAGGUCCAAGCACAUCACAUACCAGACCUGCGACAAAAGAGCAGUUGAACGCUCUAGAAGAGGACAGUGACCCGUGGCUUCUUUUGAAAGAGCAAGAGGAACGGAAGAAGUGCGUUAUUUGCCAGGACCAAACAAAGACAGUCUUGCUGCUUCCCUGCCGCCACCUUUGCCUCUGCGAGGAAUGUACUGAAAUCUUGCUGCAGCAGGCUUCAUACCAGCGCAAUUGCCCGCUCUGCCGGCAGAUGAUCCUGCAGACUCUCAAUGUCUACUUGUAGGCGCCGCUGGGGAUAACUAUUAUCUACAUUCCACCAGACUUUUCAGGCGCACGGAGUUGUGUGUCUCACCUUUGUACUCACUGCUUUCUGCACUGGCUGAUGGAGAACAGCUCCUUGCUGAUACUUAGCGGCAGCAUUUUUAUUCCCAAAGAGCCUGUAUAAUCAUUGGAACGUGGAGAAUGUCACAAAUGUUUUCUUGAUGUUCCCAGUUUCCUUUGCUUGCUGCUGCCAUCAGAAAGCACACAAGCUGAUUGCAUUAAUCGUCCAAACCGCCACUAUUACAAGGUGUGCCGAGUUUUGAGCCAUCAAAUUGAACUUUCAGAAAUGAGGCUUAAAAAGCCCACCAGAGACCCGUCAAGGAGCACUUGUGUAGAUAAACCUGGUAAGCAUCAAGCUGUUACACGGGGUUCAGCUGCUGAAAGUCUAGGUAUUCUGGGGUCUCUGUUAACUAGGGCAAAGUUUUCUCCACCAGACUUGCAAAAAAAAAAAAAUCUUCCUCAGUUCUUCCACUGGAGAGGAUGUUAUUUUGACUACGCUGAUGGCAACCAUGCAUUGUAGAAUACCCCCUUUCAAGAAGUGUGGCCAGUGUUUUAGGUCCUGGGGCCAGUGUGCAUCCUCAGGAGGUGCCAUUUUUAAGUCAUUCAGCUGAAUAACUUUUUUCCUUUUCAGAUUUGUUGUGUCCAUUUGUUUGGGGGGCUUCAAGAUCCAUAAGAAAGGCAAACUGGACACCAAAGUGCAACUGUGGGAGUGUACACGCGCAACUCCCUGACUCAAGUAAUGGGAACUUAGGUCAGGAUCCCAUUGCAUCCACUGGCACGCUAACUUCCACAGGUCACUAUGCAAAACUACGACAUUCCAGUGUUGUUGCACAACUGAACUGUAUGCUUUGACUUGUUCUUUUGGUUGAGUUGGAGGGAGGGAUUACUACAAUUGUAUUUUGUUUGCUAACAAAUGCAAACGUCCUCUCAUAUAGCUCCAGAGACCGAAUUGUUUGGUCUCUGGUGUUUGUGAAGACGGCCAGCACAAAAAGCCUUUUCUGACUUCUCGUCUGGGUUGUAUUUGAGCAGGCUGGUGACCUCAUUAGCAAACACAGGCUCUAGAUCCUAUAGCUUAAGUUCUCAAGGCUAAACUAUGCAGUCUCCUAGGAGCAAGCGCAUUUCGUUGCUUAAGGUAAACGGACUGUCACGAGGGAUGAAUGAAAGGACACAGGCCAGAGUGGUUUGUUGUGUUCUGAUUCUGGGCACCAGGAAAACCUUUGGGCUUCCUUCUUUCCAGAGCCGCUCAACCACCAUCACCCAUUCUCAGAAAUCAGGUAGCAAGGGCAAACACGAAAAUGGGGAACCCAGUGGUUUGCUUCUUUUAACCUGUAGCCCAUGUGUGAGUUGGGAAACUGAGCCAGACAGACGAUGGUUGAACCUCUUCCACCCCCAGCUGCAAAGAGCAGCUGAUUUGCUUAUUUUUUUAAAAUUGGAAAGUGAAAUCUGAGAGGCACGACAUCCUGGCGAGGAAUUUUUUUUUCCUGUUUAGUUACUAAAUUAUUGAUGAACGUUGGGAUUGUAAACUGAGCCUUGCCCUUGGCAGGAGAGAUUUGUGCUGCCUUGUUUGUUAGGUGGUGGGUUUUUUUGUUUUUUGUUUUACUGUGACGUAUCACAGAAUGCUUUUACCAGCUUGAGCACAUGACUGGCACCCCACUCUUCAACUGGUGUGCUGGGGAAACAGGCCCUGUUGGUUUUACUUUUGUGUGAGCAAACUCAAGUUCACAGCCUUACUGGCUCUGUGCAGGUGAUGCCCAGCAAGCAGUCAGAAGGCCGGGCCAUGUACGAGUCUGGCCACUGUGACCUUACAUGCCACGCUUUGGUGGCACACGUGGGAGCACUCGCCUUUGGGACCUUGCUUAACAUACAGCUCUCCUGCAAAAAUACUUUGGGGGCCAAACUCUGCUUUGCAGAAUGAGAGCAAAAGAGUGGAAUCCUGAAGCAGGUUUCCCAGUCUGAAAAACAAGAGCGCCUAUGUUA